GAAGUUAAUAGAGCGUUGCUGCUGUUCUUCUUUUUUUCAGGGCUGCUUUUAACGGCUCGGCUUCACGGUUCUGACCGGCUGGCUGUGUCUCGUUGACGGUGAACGUGAUGGACGGGUUUCUGAAGCUGGUUCUGACGGUCUCGGUGGUUCUGACCGGGGUUCGGAACCAGGCGGACUGCAGCUCCUUAAGCCUGAGGAGAGUCUCUAACGCCAAGGUUUCGGGUUUCAGCUGGAAAAACUGUGGCCAGUCUGAUGAUCCAGCUGUGAUGAUGAGCCUGUCUCUGUCUCCGGACCCCAUCUCCAUCCCGGGAACGCUCACGGCCUCGGCGUCUGGAUCCACGACCGUCCCUCUCGAGGCCCAGCUUUCUCUCAACGUUACUAUGGAGAAGGAGGUGGCGAGGAUCUGGGUGAAGAUCCCCUGCGUGGAGGAAAUUGGCAGCUGUCACUAUCGGGACGUUUGCGAUCUCCUGAACCAGGUGAUCCCGCCGGGUCCAGACUGUCCAGAACCGCUGCACACCUGCGGCCUGCCCUGCCACUGCCCCUUCAAGGCUGGCUCGUACUCGCUGCCAAAGUCAGACUUCUACGUGCCCUACAUGGACCUGCCCUUCUGGCUGACCAACGGGAACUACCGAGUCCAGGGGGUUCUGGGCAGCGGGGGCAAAGAACUGGGCUGCCUCCAGGUCACUUUAUCCAUCGAGUCCUGAGGGAGCCCCGCAGAACAAGCUGCAGGGAAAACACAAGUCGCACAAAGGAAAUGAAUGUUUUUACAAGUUAAUUGUAGAUGACGAAAU